CCGUAGCAGCCAGGGCGAAGACUGGCGGUGGUGGUGGAAGGAGGCGGAACACAGAGCGCCUGACUGCAGCGCCGCCAGCACGGAGUCGAGGGGUACUCCUCUUACUGUCAUGAAGAAGGGAUAAUACAUUCAGAAGAGACACAUAGGCAGCCUGUCGGUUGUUUUUGUGUUCGUGUAAUCCGCACAGGAGGGGUCGGCCGUUUAAAAACAGGAUCUAUUUAUGUUUUGGGUGGCUUUGCUUGGCGUAGCUAGCUGACGUUAGCGAAGAAAUCGCCCAAGGAUGCUGCGGUGGAUCCGGCAGCAGCUGGGCUUCGACCCGCCGCACCAGAGUGACACCCGGACGGUGUACAUCGCCAACCGCUUCCCCGAGCACGGCCACUACGUCCCGCAGAAGUUCGCUGACAACCGCAUCAUUUCCUCCAAGUACACCAUCUGGAAUUUUGUGCCCAAGAAUUUAUUUGAGCAGUUCCGAAGGAUCGCCAAUUUCUACUUCCUCAUCAUAUUCCUGGUGCAGCUCAUGAUCGACACGCCCACCUCCCCCAUCACCAGCGGACUUCCUUUGUUCUUUGUCAUCACGGUAACAGCCAUAAAGCAGGGCUAUGAGGACUGGCUCCGGCACAAGGCUGAUAACGAGGUGAACGGGGCUCCCGUGUUUGUGGUACGGAGCGGGGGUCUGGUACAGACCCGGUCCAAGAACAUCAGGGUCGGGGACAUCGUCAGAGUGGCGAAGGACGAGACGUUCCCGGCGGACCUGGUGCUCCUGUCCUCCGACCGGGCCGAGGGGAGCUGCCACAUCACCACGGCCAGCCUGGACGGGGAGACCAACCUGAAGGAGUCGAAGAAGCGCUUUGACGAGGAGGAGGAGUUUAAGAAGAGGGCGUACCAGUGUGUGGUGCGUCUGCAGAGCAAAGAGCCCGAAUUCAUCAAAGCCUGGAGCCUGAUCUGUGAUGUGUCCCGCAAGGAGUUCCAGAGAGUGUACGAGUGUUUGGACAUCCGGAUUAUCGAGCGAGGGGAGUCGUAUUACCAGGACAUGAUGACUGCUGUGGUGAAAGAGUUUGAAGACCGAGGCAUCUGCAAGAUUGUGUCAGGUCUCAAGAUCUCAAGAGUUGAUGAAAAGCUUUUGCCGCAGUUUAGCGAGCAAUUGGGCUUCGACCCGCCGCACCAGAGUGACACCCGGACGGUGUACAUCGCCAACCGCUUCCCCGAGCACGGCCACUACGUCCCGCAGAAGUUCGCUGACAACCGCAUCAUUUCCUCCAAGUACACCAUCUGGAAUUUUGUGCCCAAGAAUUUAUUUGAGCAGUUCCGAAGGAUCGCCAAUUUCUACUUCCUCAUCAUAUUCCUGGUGCAGCUCAUGAUCGACACGCCCACCUCCCCCAUCACCAGCGGACUUCCUUUGUUCUUUGUCAUCACGGUAACAGCCAUAAAGCAGGGCUAUGAGGACUGGCUCCGGCACAAGGCUGAUAACGAGGUGAACGGGGCUCCCGUGUUUGUGGUACGGAGCGGGGGUCUGGUACAGACCCGGUCCAAGAACAUCAGGGUCGGGGACAUCGUCAGAGUGGCGAAGGACGAGACGUUCCCGGCGGACCUGGUGCUCCUGUCCUCCGACCGGGGCCGAGGGGAGCUGCCACAUCACCACGGCCAGCCUGGACGGGGAGACCAACCUGAAGACGCACCUGGCGGUCCAGAGACGGCCGUGUCCCAGUCCGUGUCACAGCUGGAGGCCCUGCUGGGCGUGGUGGAGUGCCAGCAGCCUGAGGCAGACCUGUACAGGUUUGUUGGUAGAAUAACGGUGACACUGCACGGGGAAGAGGUGGUAAGACCUCUGGGGCCGGAGACCCUCCUGCUCCGGGGAGCCCGGCUGAAAAACACCAAGGAGAUCUUCGGUGUGGCGGUUUACACGGGGAUGGAGUCCAAGAUGGCGCUGAACUACAAGUGCAAGUCCCAGAAGAGAUCUGCAGUGGAGAAGUCCAUGAACACCUUCCUGAUCAUCUACCUGUGCAUCUUGCUCCUGGAGGCCGUGCUGAGCACCAUCCUGAAGUACGCCUGGCAGGCUGAGGGCAAGUGGGACGAGCCCUUCUACAACCAGAAGACCGAGCAGGAGAGGAACAGCAGCCAGAUUCUCAAGUUCAUCUCGGACUUCCUGGCGUCUGUCCUGUACAACUUCAUCAUUCCCAUCUCGCUGUACGUCACCGUGGAGAUGCAGAAGUUCUUGGGCUCCUUCUUCAUUGGCUGGGACCUGGACCUGUACCACAAGGAGAGUGACCAGAAGGCCCAGGUCAACACAUCUGACCUGAACGAGGAGCUGGGCCAGGUGGAGUAUGUGUUCACGGAUAAGACGGGCACCCUGACGGAGAAUGAGAUGGAGUUCAGAGAGUGCUCCAUCAACGGCGUGAAAUACCAGGAGAUCAACGGCAGGCUGGUCCCCGAGGGCAUGACCGAGGACUGCCCCGACGGAGCCUUACCCCAACUGAGCAGGGAGGAGGCUCUGUUCCUGAAGGCCGUGUCUCUGUGCCACACGGUGCAGAUCAGCUACGAUCAGACAGACAGCCCCGCCCCCCCCUUCUCUGUCCAAUGGGCUCUCAGUGCAGAUGGAGUACUACGCAUCAUCGCCUGUGGGCGUAGCCUUCAUGGAAAUAAUGGAGUGAAAAUGGAAAUAAAAACAUUUGGAAAAUUAGAAAAGUACAAGCUGCUCCAUGUUCUGGAGUUCGACGCGAACAGGAGGAGGAUGAGCGUGAUCCUGCAGACUCCCGCAGGGGAGAAGAUUCUGUUCACCAAGGGGGCGGAGUCGGCGGUGCUGCCGCACGCGAAGAGCGGCGAGAUCGAGAAGACCCGCCUCCACGUGGACGAGUUCGCCCUGAAGGGGCUGCGCACCCUGGUGGUGGCGUGCCGGGUGUUUGGCGAGCGGGAGUAUGAGGAGGUGGAGCGGAGGCUGCAGGAGGCGCGCACGGCCCUGCAGCAGCGAGAGCAGCGAUUGGCCGAGGCGUUCGCCUUCAUCGAGCGCGACCUGCAGCUGCUGGGGGCCACCGGCGUGGAGGACAAGCUGCAGGAGAAGGUGCAGGAGACGAUCGAGGCGCUGCGCCUGGCGGGGAUCAAGGUGUGGGUGCUGACGGGCGACAAGCACGAGACGGCGGUGAGCGUGAGCCUGUCCUGCGGACACUUCCACCGCACCAUGAACAUCCUGGAGCUGGUGCAGCAGCGCAGCGACAGCCAAUGCGCCGAGCAGCUCCGCCGGCUGGACCGCAGGAUAAAGGAGGAUCAUGUGAUCCAGCACGGGCUGGUGGUGGACGGGUCCAGCCUGUCUCUGGCGCUCAGGGAGCAUGAGAAGCUCUUCAUGGAGAUCUGCAGGAGCUGCUCCGCUGUGCUGUGCUGCCGCAUGGCACCCCUGCAGAAGGCCAAGGUGGUGCGACUGUUAAAGACGUCCCCGGAGAAACCCAUCACGCUGGCCAUCGGGGACGGCGCUAACGACGUUAGCAUGAUCCAGGAGGCCCACGUCGGGAUCGGCAUCAUGGGUAAAGAGGGCCGGCAGGCGGUGAGGAACAGUGACUACGCCUUCGCCAGGUUCAAGUUCCUGGCCAAGCUGCUCCUGGUCCACGGACAUUUCUACUACAUUAGAAUAGCUACCCUUGUACAGUACUUUUUCUACAAGAAUGUGUGUUUUAUCACACCCCAGUUUUUAUACCAGUUCUUCUGUCUGUUUUCACAACAAACGCUGUACGACAGCGUGUACCUGACGCUCUACAACAUCUGCUUCACGUCGCUCCCCAUCCUGGUGUACAGCCUGUUUGAGCAGCUGGUCCAUCCACACGUCCUGCAGAGCAAACCUGCGCUAUACAGAGACAUCAGUAAGAACUCGCUGCUCUCCUUCAAGACCUUCCUGUACUGGACCCUGCUGGGGUUCUGCCACGCCUUCAUCUUCUUCUUUGGUUCCUACGUGCUGAUGGGGGAGGACACCUCUCUCAUGGGCAACGGCCAGAUGUUUGGAAACUGGACCUUUGGCACCCUGGUUUUCACGGUCAUGGUCAUCACGGUCACUCUGAAGCUGGCCCUGGAGACCCACUUCUGGACGUGGGUCCAUCACUUUGUGACCUGGGGCUCCAUCGCCUUCUACUUCAUCUUCUCCCUGCUCUACGGGGGUGUCAUCUGGCCCUUCCUGCACACACAGGACAUGUACUUCGUCUUCGUGCAGCUGCUGUCCAGCGGCUCCGCGUGGUUCGCCAUCAUCAUCAUCGUCAUGACCUGCCUCUUCCCCGACGUCAUCAAGAAGGUUCUGUACAGACACCUGCAGCCAACCAGCACGCAGAAAUCCCAGGUUGUUGAGGCCGGGGGCGUGGGCUGUGUGGAGUCCAUGUGCUGUUUCUCGGAGGGGGAGGGCGGAGCCUCGCGGCUGGGCCAGCUGGUUGGGCGAGUGAUGAGUCGCUGCAACCCCGCCCGGAUCCGCAGAUCUUGGAGCGACCUGGACCCGUUCUACUCAAACGACCGGAGCGUGCUGACUCUCUCCCCCGUGGAGUCCUCUCACUGCUAGAGCGGCGACCGCGGAGCCUGUUACCGCUAUUCCGAACUCCGGCUCGGGCCGCCAGACUUAAUAAACUCCCGGGAAUAAUGUGAAGGAUUGAGCGCCGGGCGGUUUUUCAGAACCGGCAGUUUCGUUCACCGCUUCCUCUCGCGAAAGGGAAAUAACGCGGCACCAAAGACGAGGCGAGAGCGCGGUGUCCGCGAGCCGGCGCUGCCUGCGUUGCUCCGCUAGUUAUUGCUGCUUUAUCCUUCGACUGUUCUGAAGGUCCGCCGACUUUCUCGAGGAAAGCCUGGAGUACUUUUUUUUAAAGCCAUAUUCUCCAUUUUUAAUGUACCUGAUUUUUAAGGUAUGAAGACCUAGGAGCUGGGAGACCUCGAGACCACUCGAGUCUGGUGCAUUGUGGGAACUUUGUUGCUGAAAUUCUGACUUGGGGAGACGUCAGUCGAGGGGGACAGUCCACGAGAGGAUUGGCUACGGUUCUGAAUGUGACCUGCGCAGGAUUCUCUGGGCUUUUUUUUGUUUUUGUUUUUGUUAAAUCUCUCACCACAUUUUCUCAUUCAUUGUUUGUCACUGUCAUUCAUUGGUGUUCUAUCUGGUUGCUGUGUGCAUUUAAUUUUUUUUCUCUCGUACUAACCACUCGUUCACUGUGUGUGUGUGUGUGUGUGUGUGUGUGUGAGAAUGUGUGAGAGAGAGUGAUGAGAGUGUGUGUAUAAUGUAGGGUCAAGUAAGAUGUGUGUGUGUGAGAGAGAGGAGAGUUACUGAGCAAUGUUCUUAUGGUUGGCUCUGGAAGGUUCCAGAAAGCAUGUUCAGAGAGGCUCAUGAUUGGCUGGGUGCAAGAGGUCACCAAGACAACCGUUUUAAACUGGCCACCAUUGACACAGUGAGACGCAUCAGAGGGCACGCUGGACUGUGGUCACGGGCUAGCAGGCAGUUAGGCACUGGGGUUUACUGUUCGAGUGCAACAUUGAGGGCACUGCUCGAGCAUUUGGGACGUUUUAGCAGAUUUUGGCUGAACUUCCGGCUGAGAGAAGAUCCGAGUUCCACGGCUGACCUGUGAGCUGUCAGGGCCGAUGGCAGCUUCUGGAAUUUUAAAGGUAGAAAUAUAGACUGAUAAUUUUGUCUGAGCUCCAGUAAGUUUCCAAAGAACAGGUCAUUUUCAUGAAGGUACUUUAUUUACUUGAGUUCUGUUGCUAUGGAAGUUGUGUACGUUGAGGUUCGAUCCCCAGGAGAUGCAGAUUCUCCCCCUUCCUCGGGCUCCUAACGGCUCCACAGAAGGGCGUUUAUUUGGGUCCCGAUCAGUAGCAAUAAGAAUCCGUCUGCGUCUCGGACACCAUCCGAGGUACUGACCUUAAACCCGCUUCUUCUUCGGUUUCUGUGUCAUUAUCAGUGCAUCUCAGAAUGAAGUCUCUUUAAUUGUAUUUCUGUCAGUGAAGCUGUUUUAUUGCUUAUGUAUAUGAGAACAAUUUAUUUACGGAAUAAAAAAAAAGUUUGAAAACUUAA